GACAGCAGGGCAGCAUGAUGGACUUAACCUGUAGGCCUCAGAGUUUUAGUUGUCCUUCAUGGCAUCUUCAGAUUCCAUUGAUUUUCUUGUUGACUGUGACGCUCCAACCAACUGUCACAGAGAUAACCAAAAGGCCUAUUCUGCUCAGCGGUGAGAUCGGUGGAGAAGUCACAUUUUGUUGCCCCUACAAUAAUCAAAGUAGCAUUUCUUCUUUCUACCUGCAGAAGGGGGGGGACUUUGUGAAUGGUUACCAUAGAACUAGAGAGAUUCCCAUACCAAAAUGGCAGAAAACUAGAUUGGACCAUGAAAAUGUGCAUAUGAAUCACUUAAACAUCUCACAUGCUGGAAAGUACACGUGCCACUUUGUGUACACUGACAGACCUGGGACGAAAGACAUAGAGCUCAGUAUUACAGCCCCGUACACCAGACCGAAUAUUACAAUGUCAUGUAGUGAUACAGGUCACAACUGCAAGGUAACAUGUACCUCCCACGGUGGGUACCCCAAAAACAAAUUUUCAUGGGAUGUUCCUCCACUCGGGAAUGCCAGUGGUCCAACGUGGGGAGCUGUGGAAAACCCUCCAGAAUGCGACCCGAAGACAAAACUAUGCAACAUCUCAAGCACUGCCAGCUUUAACUGCUCCUUUGGGCUGCGCAGAGACCUCCACUGUUACGUUGAUGACAACCCAGAGAUAUUUUCUGCUUUCUCUGUCUGUAAACCAUUGUCUCCUACGCCACCUUCUGAUCCUCCUACAGUACUAAUCGCUGUCGGUGCAAUGGUUAUAGUAGUCAUUAUUUUGGGAGUACUGCUGCUGCUGUGGAAAUUCAGGAAGGGACUGAGAGGACGCAGGAAUCAAAUGACAGGACAGGAAUUAAAUAUGGAGGCAGGACAACCUCUCUGGGAAUAAAGGAGGGAAAAGGCAUCAUGAACGCAGAGCGCCACAAGAAGAAUGUCUGGUUUUCAGUUGGACAUAAAAUCUUACGUAUACCAGAAACUAGGACAAAACUUGAUGUCACUAAGUGUAGUUACAUAAGUAACAAAGUGGCAACAAACAAAGAGAACCAGUGUCAUCGUGAUCAGGCACUCGCUUGACCACGUGCUCACAGCACUUCUGACUGUAGUAUUUGAGGAAGUGUUCAUUUUUGGUGUCCUAUAACUUGUGAAGAACAGUGCGUCAUCCAAAUGUGAAUGCCUGACUUCUC